AUGCAAGAGAAUGCAGAUGGUCAAACUGACCACACAGAAUAUUUGUUUCUAUCUCCUUCUUGGAGGGACAUUCUAGAGGCUGCAAAGAAGAAGUCACACCUGGGUUUACUCACUAGCACAGCCUCAAAGCACAGCAAUUUUCUCCAAACCAAGGUCAUCAAAUAUAUCUUAGAAACACUUGAUAAUUUUGGAUCUCAAGGUAUAGGUGUUGACAAUGGAUACUGGGAUGAACACAAAUCAGAUAUGGCAGUCUUGCUAUGGGACAAUCGUGCUACUAUGCAUUCUGAGAUGAAAAAGGUUGCAUGUCCAAUUGUUCUAGCUCAUUAUGAAAUUCUUCCAGAUGAUAUUGACAAUGAGGAUGACUGUGAGCAGGAGGAUGGAGUGGAUGCACUGGGCAGGACCAAUAACCUUGCAAAUGAGGCCCUUGGCAUCUUCUACUUAUUCACCAAUACUGUUCCCAAGGGUGCUGUUGCACUUGUAGCAACUGUGGUACAUGAUCACAAGCUCACUGUAACUAUUUUCAUCCACUCAUCUAACUAG